AUGGUCGCUUCCUUCGGUGACGGAAAGAGGGGCCCGGCGCCUGCGCAGAACCAGGCUGCGAGCUAGCCGCGGAGCCGGGGGCGGGGGGGCAGGGAGUGAGAGCCGCUGCCGCCGCCGCCGGAGCUAACCGCGGGGACCGAGAUGCAGGUGGGACCGGAACCGGAAUCCCCCUCUUCAAGUCCCUCUUCCUUCUCUGCGACCCGGCCUCGGCGCCUGCGAGGAGCCCUGAGUGGGAAAAGGCGUGGGUGGCCAGAGGCAGGAGGGGCGCUCGGCCCCGGAGAGGGCAGCAAGCAGGGCUGGUCCCCGGGAGACUGCGGCCCCGGGGAAUGGGUGGGGAAAGGGUGUCAGGGGACUAGGGUCGGGUCCGAGUGGACUGCACCGGACCCGGAGGGUCCGAGCCGGGAACGGAGCCUGCACCCUCCACCACCCGCCCUUCGGGAAAUCUCAGAACUGAGCCAAGAGGCAGGUGCACUGGGGAAAUGGGUCUGAGUCCUGCUUGGCAGAAGAGAAACUGAGUCACCAGCUCCUCAGGGAGCCGCAGGGUCAGCGGGCCUGAAGGGGGCUGGGUCGGCCUGCGGUGCAGAGGGGUGGGGGUGGGGGGCCUGUAGGAGCUGAGGUGGUCUCUGCCCUGAGAUUCAUCUCUGCUGUGUCUGCACCUCUUGGCUCAGUCCCCCUGUGCUCCGUGACUCGUGCAUCUCCUGGCUUCUCGCUGGUUUGGAAUUGUCCCUAUGAUUGGAGCCAGCUGAGCGUGGAGGGCCUAGGCCACAGAGGAAGGGGAGAGGUGGCCGGUUGGGGGUUUGAGCAGGAGUCAGGUUUCGGGGAGCGUUCCCUGAGCUUCCCUCCCCUCCCAGUCCUGGUGCCAGUCAUCUUCCAGUAAAAUAUGGGGGAGGAACACUCACAGAAGAGCCAUGGGUUGUAAAUUCUGUGCCCAGCUCUGCCAUUUGCUAGUGGAAGACCUGAAGAAGUCUGUUCCUUUCUCUAAUUUCUCUUUUAGAAAAUCGGAACCCGGAAAGAUAGUAAUAACGGCAGUCAUUGUGUGCUGACUUUGUGUCAGGCACCGACGUGCUUCAUUUAAUUGUCCCAACAAGCCUGGGGUUAAGAACCAUGAGUUCUGUUUUAUAGAUACAAAAUCUCAAGCUCAGAGAGGACAUAUGAUUUGUUCAAGAUCACAUAGCUUGCAGGUGGCAGACCCUGGAGUUCAUCCCAGGUCUGACUCUAGAACCCAUGGCCUUUAUGGACAGAGGCUGGCCAGCCUUUAGCGCACCCUCCUCCAUGAAAACAGAGGGUGGUGAAAAUACCUAGGGCCCCAGCUCCGUCUUAUGUUUUAUCUACUUUGUGGCCGGCAAAGACUUGCCCUGAUCCAUCCCUGGUGGUCUGUCCUCACCUGGUGCUGCCGCCAUGAGCCCCAGUCUGAAAGGGCACCAAAGAAGUGCGCUGUGACCAUUCCAAGCCUUGCUCACACAGCGCAAGGAUGCUGGGUCCUCGGGCUAGCUUUCAAGACAAUUAUUGUUCUAAUCCAUCCCCCAUCCAUUCCCCGCAGUCAGCAACCUCCCUGCUCAGAGCUGGACCUCAGGCUACGUGAGGCAGGGUCUCUAAGCUCUGCAGACCGGGUUUCCGGAGGGCUGGGGCAGUGAGGGGCUCCUACUGGUUCCAGCCAGUCCCUGAGAGCAAGGACUUAUGUGGUAGGAAAAACGGUAGACUUGGAGGUCUGAAAGUUUUCUGAGCUUCGGUUUCCUCAUCUGUUAUAGAGGUUAUUAAAGCCUUUCACGGGGAAAGCUGCUGCCGCUCACCCUGUAUCUUCUGGCCGCUUCCCUCUUUGCCGCCCCUCCCCACAGGCUCCCCCCCUGCACCUCCUGGGGACCAUCAUGAAUGGUGCCCCUUCCCCAGAGGAUGGGGCCUCCCCCUCUCCUCCCCCCUUGCCACUGCCCCCUCCCCCUAGUUGGCGGGAGUUCUGUGAAUCCCAUGCCCGGGCUGCUGCCCUGGAUUUUGCCCGCCGUUUUCGCCUUUAUCUGGCCUCCCACCCCCAGUAUGCAGGGCCCGGGGCUGAGGCUGCCUUCUCCCGCCGUUUUGCUGAGCUCUUCCUGCAGCAUUUUGAAGCUGAGGUGGCCCGGGCCUCUGGCUCUCUCUCACCACCCAUCCUGGCUCCCUUGAGUGCUGGCGUGGACAUCCCACCACAUGACCUGUCCCUUGAGACCUGCAGGGUAGGUGGUCCCCUGGCCGUGCUAGGCCCUUCCCGAUCAUCCGAGGACCUGGCCGGCCCUCUUCCUUCCUCGGUCUCUUCCUCUUCUACAACCUCCUCGAAGCCGAAGCUCAAGAAACGCUUUUCCCUCCGUUCCGUGGGCCGCUCCGUACGCGGCUCAGUCCGUGGCAUCCUGCAGUGGCGGGGAACUGUGGACCCUCCCUCCCCAGCUGGGCCCCUAGAGACCUCGUCAGGCCCCCCAGUCUUAGGAGGAAACAGCAACUCCAACUCCUCCGGUGGGGCUGGGACCAUUGGCAGGGGACUGGUUAGUGACGGAACAUCCCCGGGGGACAGAUGGACUCACCGUUUUGAGAGGCUGAGACUCAGUCGGGGAGGAGGGGCCUUGAAGGAUGGAGCAGGGAUGGUGCAGAGGGAAGAGCUGCUGAGUUUCAUGGGGGCAGAAGAGGCAGCCCCUGACCCAGCCACCGUGGGCCGGGGAGGAGGGGCAGCUGGGCCUACCUCGGGGGGAGGAGGGCAGCCUCAGUGGCAGAAGUGUCGCUUACUGCUUCGAAGCGAAGGAGAAGCAGGAGGAGGAAGCCGCCUGGAGUUCUUCGUACCGCCCAAGGCAUCUCGGCCUCGACUCAGCAUCCCCUGCGCCACCAUCACAGACGUGCGGACAACCACGGCCUUGGAGAUGCCUGACCGGGAGAACACGUUUGUGGUGAAGGUGGAAGGCUCCUCGGAGUAUAUCCUGGAGACCACAGAUGCUCUCCGCGUGAAGGCCUGGGUGUCUGACAUCCAAGAAUGUCUGAGCCCGGGGCUCUGCCCUGCUACCAGUCCCCGCCCCAUGACCCUCCCUCUAGCCCCCGGGACCUCAUUUCUUACAAGGGAAAACACAGAUAAUCUGGAGCUGCUCUGCCUGAAUCACUCGGAGAGUCUGCCCAGCCAGGAUUUGCUGCUGGGACCCAGCGAAAGCAACGACCGCUUGUCGCAAGGGGCAUAUGGGGGCCUCUCAGAACGCCCCUCAGCGUCCAUCUCCCCCAGUUCCACCUCCAUCGCUGCCUCUCAUUUUGACUCAAUGGAACUGCUUCCCCCUGAGUUGCCCCCCCGCAUCCCCAUUGAAGAGGGUCUGCCAGCAGGAACGGGUCAUCCGCUCUCGGCCCCGUACCCACCCCUGGACACUCCAGAAACAGCUACAGGUACCAGAGGGUCAUUCCUGUUCCAGGGGGAGUCAGAGGGCGGUGAGGGCGACCAGCCCCUCUCAGGGUAUCCUUGGUUCCACGGGAUGCUCUCUCGACUCAAGGCUGCCCAGUUGGUACUGGCUGGGGGCACCGACGCCCAUGGUGUUUUCCUGGUACGUCAGAGUGAGACGAGGCGGGGCGAGUACGUCCUCACUUUCAACUUCCAGGGCAAAGCCAAGCACCUGCGUUUGUCGCUGAAUGAGGAGGGCCAGUGCCGCGUGCAGCACUUGUGGUUCCAGUCCAUUUUCGAUAUGCUCAAGCAUUUCCGGGUGCACCCUAUCCCUCUGGAGUCUGGCGGCCCCAGUGACGUUGUCCUUGGCAGCUAUGUUGUGUCCUCCCAGCGACAGCAGGAGCCGAGCACCAGCCAUCACCCACCCCAGCCCCCUGAACCCCCUUCAUGGACAGAUCCCCCACAUCCUGGGGCAGAAGAGGCGUCGGGGGCGCCAGAAGUGGCGGCAGCAACAGCCGCAGCAGCCAAAGAGAAGCAAGAGAAAGAGAAAGCGGGCAGUGGAGGGGUCCAGGAAGAGCUGGUCCCCGUGGUCAUAUUGGAAGAGGCCGUAGCUCCGGGCCCAGAGGUCCAGGGAGCUUCUGGACCUGGUGGGGCCUCCGGGACCACCCCGAUGGUGCAGCUCCAGCAGUUACCAUUAGGGGGCGAUGGAGAAGAAGGGGGCCACCCCAGAGCCAUCAAUAACCAGUACUCCUUUGUGUGACACCCUACCCAACCCUUUCUCCACUCUUCUUGCUCCCAGCCCGCAGCUCCGGAGCCGGGCUGGGCAAGGGCAGAGAGGAGCGGUCAGAACCCCUCCCCACAUGCUUCCUGACCCUCGAUGGCCAAGGGCAUAUAUGUUGGUACAAGAAGAGGCUCAAGAGCCCUGUUAACCCCGGUUCAUACACUACAGCUGCCCCAUCCCCUGCGCGGGGCGUCGGGGCUCCCAUUACCUCCCCGAUGGGCUUCUCUGGUCAGCCCCACCCCUGGGGGCCGUUUCCCCAUUAACCACCCCCAGCCCAAGGAAGGGUGAGGGGGAAGGGCUGUCAGUUAAAAUUGAGAUGGUUGUUGUUGUUGUUUUAAACAAAAUGGAGAAGCGUAACUAAAAUAAAAGGGUUUAUCUCAGUUC